GUUGUACGCUUCAGACAGCUAUGAUUAGCGGCCAAAACACUGUGCUGCACAAUCCUCCUAAUUCGCUCUUCAAUUCCUUAUCUCCUCGCCAUAUCUGUAUAUCUUUCUGUAACGACAAAGCUUUAAAAAAGUCAGUCACGCACUCCGCCCCUCGGUUUGCUCGUCUGUUAAACAAUGAAUCACGGAAGUUGUUGGGUCGUCAUCCAAAUUGCUGGCCUUGGGCUCGACGACCAUCUCUUCCUCCGGGACGUUCCUCUGACGGAAACAUUGAAAAAGAACAAGAUAUGUGCGACAGCAGCAAAGUCGAUAGUGAUAGUGGCAUCCAGAUAGGAUCUCUGCUCGAGGAAGUUAUCCCACAAGGCAAUAAUACCGCUAUAAUCUCGGCUUGCUUUGUUGGCCUCUUCACCGGUAUCAGUGUCGUGCUUUUCAACGCUGCGGUUCAUGAAAUACGUGAUCUUUGUUGGGAUGGAAUUCCAUAUCGAGCUGCCUCAGAGGAGCCCAUUGGAGUACAUUGGCAACGUGUAAUCUUAGUACCAGCUUGUGGCGGUUUGGUAGUCAGCUUUUUGAAUGCCUUCCGAGCCACUCUGGAGGUUUCAACUGAAGAAAGUUGGACAUCAUCUGUUAAAUCUGUAUUGGAACCAGUUUUGAAGACAAUGGCCGCUUGUGUCACAUUAGGAACUGGGAAUUCCUUAGGACCAGAAGGCCCUAGUGUUGAAAUUGGCACAUCUGUUGCCAAGGGAGUUGGAGCUCUGCUUGAUAAAGGUGGUCGUAGAAAGCUGUCACUCAAGGCUGCUGGAUCAGCUGCUGGAAUCGCUUCUGGAUUUAAUGCUGCUGUCGGGGGCUGUUUCUUUGCUGUGGAAUCUGUGUUAUGGCCAUCACCUGCAGAGUCCUCCUUGUCCUUAACAAAUACGACUUCAAUGGUUAUUCUCAGUGCUGUUAUAGCUUCUGUAGUCUCAGAAAUUGGUCUUGGCUCUGAACCUGCAUUUGCGGUCCCAGGAUAUGAUUUUCGUACACCUACUGAGCUGCCGCUUUAUCUUCUGCUGGGCAUCUUUUGUGGCUUAGUUUCAGUGGCAUUAUCAAGUUGUACAUCAUUUAUGCUGCAAAUAGUGGAAAAUAUUCAAACGACCAGCGGCAUGCCAAAAGCAGCUUUUCCUGUCCUGGGUGGUCUUCUGGUUGGGCUGGUAGCUUUAGCAUAUCCUGAAAUCCUUUACCAGGGUUUUGAGAAUGUUAAUAUUUUGCUAGAAUCUCGCCCACUAGUGAAAGGCCUCUCCGCUGAUCUGUUGCUCCAGCUUGUAGCUGUCAAAAUAGUAACAACUUCAUUAUGUCGAGCCUCUGGAUUGGUUGGAGGCUACUAUGCACCAUCUCUAUUCAUCGGUGCUGCUACUGGAACUGCAUAUGGGAAAAUUGUUAGCUACAUUAUCUCUCAUGCUGAUCCAAUCUUUCAUCUUUCCAUCUUGGAAGUUGCAUCCCCACAAGCAUAUGGCCUGGUUGGCAUGGCUGCUACUCUUGCUGGUGUCUGUCAGGUGCCUCUCACUGCGGUUUUGCUUCUCUUUGAACUGACACAGGAUUAUCGGAUAGUUCUGCCCCUCUUGGGAGCUGUGGGGUUGUCUUCUUGGGUUACAUCUGGACAAACAAGGAAAAGUGUAGUGAAGGAUAGAGAAAAACUAAAAGAUGCAAGAGCCCACAUGAUGCAGCGACAAGGAACUUCUUUCUCCAACAUUUCUAGUUUAACUUAUUCUUCAGGUUCACCUUCACAGAAAGAGAGUAACCUCUGCAAACUUGAGAGUUCCCUCUGUCUUUAUGAAUCUGAUGAUGAAGAAAAUGAUUUGGCAAGGACAAUUCUAGUUUCACAGGCAAUGAGAACACGAUAUGUGACAGUUCUAAUGAGCACCUUGCUAAUGGAGACCAUAUCCCUCAUGCUAGCUGAGAAGCAAUCUUGUGCAAUAAUAGUUGAUGAAAAUAAUUUUCUCAUUGGUCUGCUGACACUUGGUGAUAUCCAGAAUUACAGCAAGUUGCCAAGAACAGAGGGCAAUUUCCAGGAGGAGCUUGUAGUAGCUGGAGUUUGCUCUUCAAAGGGCAAUAAGUGCCGGGUAUCAUGCACAGUGACUCCAAAUACAGAUCUCCUUUCUGCUCUAACUCUUAUGGAGAAACAUGAUCUAAGUCAGCUACCUGUUAUACUAGGGGACGUGGAGGAUGAAGGCAUCCAUCCUGUGGGCAUUUUGGACAGAGAAUGCAUCAAUGUAGCUUGCAGAGCAUUAGCAACUAGAGAACAGCUUUGCUAGUUCUCCACGAAGGAAAGGCUUUCUGAAGGCUGCAUAACCUGUCUGCAAUAAGUUCUUCCUUGUUAAAGCAUGUGAGGGUUAUUAUCUCUGAAAAAUUCUCCGUUACCCCGUCGUACAACAGGGUUGGAGGUACCAACUACUUAAUUACUGUCUACUUGCUAGGCCAUGAGGAAUAAUGCAAGUUUCAUUGAACAAGUAAGAUGAACAAUUAGAAUGAUAGUGAUUUAUCCAUUAAUUAGUGUUAUACUGACUUGUACUUCAUAUAAUACGAUAUGCUGUAAAGGUCUUUUUACCUCAGCAAAUCCAAACAACUGUUUCGGUCUUCCUGAGAUUUUGGACUACCAUCUUCAGUUCAAUUUUAAAUGAUGAGAAUGACACUGGCAUAGGCAGAGGAGAUCAUACUACCAGGAAGCUGGAUUCACAGCUAAAGCUGAAGGUUGUCCAAGCUGCUUCUCAAAUUAGGGACUGGACGACCACACUUCCUAACUAAACUAACUCGUUACCAAUUCCAAAGAUUGACUUCCGUACUAAGGAACUUGAACAAGAUUGAGUUACAUGCCUUCUGUCAAAACUAAAUUUUACUCUUUUGGCUUUGCCUGAAUUAUAUUUCUUCUUGCUACUUCA